GGGGGGAGAGACGCGCGAGGCGCUCGAGUUUGGCAGUUGGCGGCGGCCGUUGCUCCCCUCGCGCCUCUUCCGUUUGAAAACGAGGGUUGAGCCGGAGGGAGGGGGGCUGGCGCGGCCCCGCCCCCGGGCCUGAGCGGACCGAACCAUGAGCGGGAGCGGGGGCGUCCCGCGGACCCCACCCCCCGCCCCGGCCGCCAAGCGCCGCUGCCCGGCCCCGCUGCUGAAGGAGACGGAGGCCGCCCAGGCGCUGACCCAGCUGACGGCCUGGGGGGCCCUGGAAACCGCCGGGCGGCAGGGGGCGCCCGCGGCCGAGGGGGGCCUGGAAACUGCUGCCGCGGGGCUGGCGCCCCCUGCUGGGGAGGGGGGCCUGGAAACCGCCAAGCGGGGCAGCCGAGACCCCGCCGGGGGCGGGCGGGGGCGCCUCGCGGCUGUCGCCAACGGGAAGGGGAGCCGAGGAGCCGCCCAAGGGGAGAGGAGCCUGGAGACUGCCGCUGGGCCAGGGAGCCUUGACCCCGCCGCCGAGGGGAAGGGGGUGCUGGAAACCGACGCCACCGCGAUGGGGAGCCUCGAAACCGCCGCCGCCGAGGGGAAGGGGGUGCUGGAAACCGACGCCAUCGCGAUGGGGAGCCUCGAAACCGCCGCCGCCGAGGGGAAGGGGGUGCUGGAAACCGACGCCACCACGAUGGGGAGCCUCGAAACCGCCGCCGCCGAGGGGAAGGGGGUGCUGGAAACCGACGCCAUCGCGAUGGGGAGCCUCGAAACCGCCGCCGCCGAGGGGAAGGGGGUGCUGGAAACCGACGCCACCGCGAUGGGGAGCCUCGAAACCGACGCCGCCGAUGGGAAGGGGGUGCUGGAAACCGACGCCACCACGAUGGGGAGCCUCGAAACCGCCGCCGCCGAAGGGAAGGGGGUGCUGGAAACCGACGCCACCGCGAUGGGGAGCCUCGAAGCCACCGCCGCCAAAGGGAAGGGGGUGCUGGAAACCGACGCCACCGCGAUGGGGAGCCUCGAAACCGCCGCCGCCGAGGGGAAGGGGGUGCUGGAAACCGACGCCACCGCGAUGGGGAGCCUCGAAACCGACGCCGCCGAGGGGAAGGGGGUGCUGGAAACCGACGCCAUCGCGAUGGGGAGCCUCGAAACCGCCGCCGCCAAGGGGAAGGGAGGCCUGGAAACUGCCGACGGCCGGGAGGGGCGGAAGAAGAGGCGGGCGGAGGAGGAGUGCUCCAUCAUCUCAGUGGGGGAGGAGGAGGAGGAGGAGGAGCCGGGGGCCGGGGCGGCCCGGCGGGCCCCGGACACGGAGCAGUACCUGGAGGCGCUGGAGGCGGUGCAGCUGGAGCUGGAGGCGGUGAACGAGCAGGCCGGCUGCGCCUUCCGCAUCCUCAAGGCCAAGUUCGGCCACAUGCGCCGGCCCCACCUCGAGCGCCGCAACCUCAUCAUCCAGAACAUCCCCGGGUUCUGGGUCACCGCCUUUCUCAAUCACCCCCAGUUGUCGGCCGUGAUCAACGACCGGGACGAGGACACCCUGAGCUACAUGACCAACCUGCAGGUGGAGGACUUCACUCACGCCAAGUCAGGGUGCAAGAUCAAGUUCUACUUCAGCGGGAACCCCUACUUCCAGAACGAGGUGAUCGUCAAGGAGUUCCAGCCGGCCUCCUCUGGCAGGCUGGUGUCGCACUCCACCCCCAUCCGCUGGUGGCGGGGCCAGGACCCCCGGGCCCACGGCCGCAAGAGCCCCGAGGUGGGGCGCAGCUUCUUCAGCUGGUUCGGGGACCACAGCUUCCCUGCAGGUGACCGGAUUGCUGAGCGGGACGGAGCACGGGGACGACUGCGUGGUGAUCGUGGACGACGAGGGGGAGGAGGACGAGGUGCAGGAAAUCAUGGACGAGGAAGAGGAUGGCGAGGAAGGCAGCACGGUGGAGGAGCGGAUGGUGGAGGCGGCCGGCCGGGGCUCAGAGCCGGAGGAAGACGGUUGAUCCGCUGCCCCCCCCCGCCCCACCAGCACCCGAAGAUGGACCAGGCUCUCCCCCCCUCCCCGCCCCCCAGCGCCUUCUGCUGGGGCUGGACUCUGUGACUGAGCUUUGCCCCCGGCCCCCCGGCCUGGGGUCGCUUCCCGCUCCGGGCUUGGAGCAGUCAUUGAGGGCGACCGCAGUUCCCAGCCUGGCCAUGGGGGGGCAGCGCUCCCCACUGUGUCGCCAGGGGGCAGUCGUCUGUGGGGCCGUGCUGGCGUUGGGGGUCGGCCCAGGGCGCUGGGGGCAGGGUGGGUCAAUACCCCCCCCCCCACUGUCUGUGGGGUCCUGCCUGGCUGUGGGAGAGGGGCAUUGUGGGUAAUUCCCCCCCCCGUAGCGGGGUGGGGCCUUGCGCCCCCAGUGGCCUUUUACUGAGCAGCUCAGGGUCUUGUUCCAUUAACUGUGCUCAGGGGUCGGCUGUUAACUCCCCCCCCAGCCUGGGGCCCCCCAGGGCCAGCUGCCAGCCUCAGGGCCCCCCCACCUCUGCUGCACCCCCCCAGCGCAAUCCCAUCAGCCCCUGGGGCCGGGCACGACUCUGCCCAUCCGUGUGGGGGGUGCUCUCCCUGGCGAUCGGGCUGGGUGCUGGGGGGCACCCUGGAGCCGGCCCCUCUGAUGUCUUGUAGCCAUGGGUGGAGGCGCCCCCCAUGGCCGCCCCCCAUGGCCGCCCCGUGCAACGCUACUGAUGUGGGGGGCAGUGCCCGCCCAGGGGUUGUGCCCAGCCUGCGAAAACAAAGCACUUAAUAGACGGAGAGAUUUCA